UCCGUGUUAAACCAGUAAAGAUGAGACAGAACGCAUGGUGGCGCUGCAGGUUAAGGUGAUAAAAAAAGAGACUUGCCUUAAAAACAGUAGCUCCAGUAUCCAGCUAGUUUCACACUGCCUAGAAGCUGCCUGAAGAAUAGCUUUCUCAGCCAGAGCGAAAGUAAGUGUGAAGCCUCUCUAAAACUAUAUUUAGUGACAAAGCUCUGACCUGCGAGGGCUACCAGGAUCUUGGGCAUAUAUGAAGCUCCUGUGAACCCAGUUGUCAGGAAAGAGCAAUGGAGACUGGACGGAUGCACAAUCGCAGACAAAGGCAAGUCCUAGUUUUCUUUGUUUGCCUGAGCAUGUCUUGGGGGAGCGCUGAUUUGGGGCCCUAUUCAGUGGUGGAAGAAACAGAGAGAGGCUCCUUUGUGGCAAAUUUAGCAAAAGACCUGGAGUUGGGGUUGACAGAGAUGGCUACUCGAGCGGUCCGGAUCAUUUCCCAGGGGAACAAAGAGCAUUUGCAGCUUAACGUUCAGACGGGGGAUUUGCUCCUAAAUGAGAAGCUAGAUCGAGAGGAGCUAUGCGGUCCAACUGAGCCUUGCAUACUACAUUUCCAAGUAUUAAUGCAAAAACCUUUAGAGAUAUUCCAGGCAGAACUGAGGGUGAAGGACAUCAAUGACCAUUACCCCGUGUUCAAUGAAAGAGAAAUUAUUCUAAAAAUACCAGAAAACAGUCCUACAGGAACUGCAUUCCCUCUGAGUAAUGCUCUGGACUUGGAUGUAGGCAGCAACAAUAUUCAGAACUAUACAAUCAGCCCCAACUUCCAUUUCCGGGUUAUAACCCACAAUCGCAGCGAUGGCAGAAAAUACCCUGAGCUGGUGUUGGACAAAGAGCUGGAUCGGGAGGAGGAGCCCGAAAUCUCAUUAACGCUGACAGCGCUGGAUGGCGGCUCUCCACCAAGGUAUGGGACCACCCAGGUUCUCAUUGAAGUGAUGGACAUCAACGAUAAUGCCCCUCAGUUUCAGCAGUUGCUCUACAAGGUGAAUAUUCCCGAAAACAGCCCCGUAGCCUCCCUGGUUGUCACUGUUUCUGCGAACGAUGUAGACAGUGGACUCUAUGGGAAAAUAUCAUACACAUUCUUUCAGCCCUCUGAAGAUAUUAGUAAAACUUUGGAGGUAAAUCCAAAGACAGGCGAAAUUCGACUAAGAAAACAAGUAGACUUUGAAACAGUUCUCUCUUAUGAAGUGGACGUCAUGGCCACUGAUGGGGGCGGCCUCUCAGGAAAAUGCACUCUUCUCCUGCAGGUAGUGGAUGUGAAUGACAAUCCUCCGAAAGUGACAGUAUCUGCACUUACCAGCCCCAUCCCAGAGAACACCCCUGAAAUUGUAGUUGCUGUUUUCAGUGUUUCAGAUCCUGACUCUGGGAACAACGGGAAAACAACUUCCUCCAUACAAGAUGACCUACCUUUUCUUCUAAAACCUUCAGUCAAGAACUUCUACACCUUAGUAACGGAGAGAACACUGGACAGAGAGCAAAGAGCCGAGUACAACAUCACCAUCACCGUCACUGACAUGGGAACCCCCAGACUGAAAACCCAGCACAACAUAACCGUGCUGGUGGCCGACGUCAACGACAACGCUCCCGCCUUCACCCAGACCUCCUACACCCUGUGGGUCCGCGAGAACAACAGCCCCGCCCUGCACAUCGGCACCGUCAGCGCCACAGACACAGACGCGGGCGCCAACGCCCAGGUCACCUACUCGCUGCUGCCGCCGCCAGACCCACACCUGCCUCUCGCCUCCCUCGUGUCCAUCAACCCCGACAACGGCCACCUCUUCGUCCUCACGUCCCUGGACUACGAGGCCCUGCGAGCCUUCGAGUUCCGCGUGGGCGCCGCCGACCGCGGCUCGCCCGCGCUCAGCAGCCAGGCGCUGGUGCGCCUGCUCGUGGAGGACGCCAACGACAACGCGCCCUUCGUGCUCUACCCGCUGCAGAACGCCUCGGCGCCCUGCACCGAGCUGGUGCCCAGGGCGGCCGAGCCCGGCUACCUGGUGACCAAGGUGGUGGCGGUGGACGGCGACGCGGGCCAGAACGCCUGGCUGUCGUACCAGCUGCUCAAGGCCACGGAGCCCGGGCUGUUCGGCGUGUGGGCGCACAACGGCGAGGUGCGCACGGCGCGGCUGCUGAGCGAGCGCGACGCGCCCAAGCAGCGGCUGGUGGUGCUGGUCAAGGACAACGGCGAGCCGCCGCUGUCGGCCAGCGUCACGCUGCACGUGCUGCUGGUGGACGGCUUCUCGCAGCCCUACCUGCCGCCCCCGGAAGCGGAAGCGGCGGCCGCGGCGCCGGCCGACCCGCUCACCGUCUACCUGGUGGUGGCCUUGGCGUCGGUGUCGUCGCUCUUCCUCUUCUCGGUGCUGGUGUUCGUGGCGGUGCGGCUGUGCAGGAGGGGCGGGGCGGGCUCGGCGGGUCGCUGCCCGGUGCCCGAGGGCCACUUCCCGGGCCACCUGGUGGACGUCAGCGGCACGGGGACCCUGUCCCAGAGCUACCAGUACGAGGUGUGUCUGAUGGGAGGAACUGGGACGAAUGAGUUCAAAUUCUUGAAGCCAAUUCUCCCCACUGUUCAGGCACAAGAUCCUGGGAGAAAUAGUAAUGAAAAUCCCACAUUUCGAAAUAGCCUUGGAUUUAAUUUUCAGUAAAAUUCUUUCUAUAUGCUCAGGUAUUUUUGAAGUGUUAUGCAACUAUAUCAAUAUUAGUUUAGUUUUAUUACUCCAAGUUAAUUUAUUUUGCAACUUAAAGCUUUAUUUUAAAGUACUCUAUGAUUUUACAAUGUUAUUUCAUCCUUUUUUUCCCCCAUUAAACAGGUUAGGUGUAAUCAGUACCCCAUCUAAAUAAUAGUUUGUAUGUUUGGUUCCUUCAAAACGUACAAGAGUUUAGUACUAUUUUCAUUCUAGAAAACUGGUUGAUUUUUUCCCUAGUACAUUUCAUAGACUGCAUCUCAUUAUCCUAUACACUUACAGUACCUCCUUUACCUAAGAGGACAAACCUGCAUGUCUUGACCUUACUAAAACAUUUCUUUAAUCAUGAUAAUAAACUGUAUCAUCUAGCUCUAAAUGAUAUUUUAAAAGAAAUAUCUCUCUAUUAUUCUGCUCAUGAUAAAAUGAAACAUCAUUGGUGGGAUUCCCUGGUGGUCCAGUGGUAAGGACCUAGAGCUUUUACUGUCUGCACCUGGGUUCUUCACUGGUCAGGAAAUUAAGAUCUGCCAAGCUGCCUGUGUAGCCAAAAACAUCCCAACCAACUUAAACAAACAAACCAAAACCAUGAAGCAUCAUUUUGUGAGCAACAUUAUAAUAUCCUUGUGUUCAUAUCAGAAGAUUUAGGGACCAGGGACUCCCUGGUGGCUCAGAUGGUAAAAAGUAUGCCUACAAUGCGGGAGCCCCGGGUCGGGAAGAUCUCCUGGAGAAGGAAAUGGCAACCCACUCCAGUAUUC